CUGCUUACCAUGCAUUCCGUUUUGGUUUUGGUUAGGUUGGGUCCGGUUUGGGUCAACCGGUGGUGUGCAAAAACUAGUCUCUUCGAGAGCGGUAUACCUUACAGGGAAGAUGAGGUACCGAGGCGGCGGCGUAAUCGGAGGGUUACCGCCGCAAUCCCAACCGCAGCGUAGGAAGAAGCGGAAGCACAAGUCCGCUCACCCUGAAUCCGUUACUUUUGAUUCCGUUAACGGUUCUAACCAUGACUUCGAAGUCAACACCAGUCAACUACUCGCUGAGGUCACAACCGACGAGAUGCCUACCACUUCCGCCACGGAACAAAGUACAGCCACUGCUGCCAGCGGCCACGGUUUCAGCUACGGCGAACUGCGGUAUAGAAUCCUUAACGGCGGGGCUACUUGUGCGGUUUCGGCGCUUGAUGACGGUAACGCCAAGGAACUUAGUUCGGUAACUUCGGCAGAGGUUGAGAAUUCGCAGAAAGAACUGGUCCUGAGUGGCGGUGGUAAUGUUGCCAGAUCUGACACCGUGGAGUUGAAUCGUGUUUUGCUGGUUCAUGGUUCUGAUUCGGAUAAGUCACCUGUAACAUACUUCCUGGAGGAACUGUACAAUGGAAAUUCUUUGAGGGGCACAACUACUCUUGGCGACGAAAAGGGAAGAGAAAGAGUUUAUGACACGAUCUUUCGAUUGCCGUGGAGAUGUGAAUUGCUUAUAGAUGUUGGCUUCUUUGUCUGCUUCAAUUCUUUUUUGUCAUUGUUAACGGUGAUGCCGACAAGGAUUGCUAUCACCAUUUGGAGACUUCUAAGAGCAAGGAAGUUCAAGAGGCCAUCUACUGUUGAGUUGUCGGAUUUUGGCUGUUUUCUUAUGAUGGUAUGUGGAGUCAUUCUUUUGCAGCAAAUAGAUAUCAGCUUAAUAUAUCAUAUGAUCCGAGGUCAAUCAACCAUCAAAUUGUAUGUGAUCUACAAUGUAUUAGAGAUAUUUGAUAAAUUAUGUCAGCAUUUUAAUGGGGAUGUAAUGAGAAUGUUAUUUCAUUCAGCUGAAGGGCUAGCAAAAUUUCACCCAGAGAUGGAAAGUACAAGAUUCUGGAUUUGGAGAUUCAUUUCUGACCAAGUUGUAGCUAUUGUUGCUUCAAUUGUUCAUUCUUGUAUCCUGUUAGUUCAAGCAAUCACUUUAUCAGCCUGUAUGGUUGCUCACAAUAAUGCAUUGCCAGCUAUGCUUGUGUCAAAUAAUUUUGCCGAGAUCAAAAGCUAUGUGUUCAAGGGUUAUAAUAAGGAUAAUGUUCGCAGUUUGGUAUACUUCGAUUCCAUAGAGAGAUUCCACAUAUCAGCACUUAUCUUAUUUGUUUUGGCUCAAAAUAUUCUGGAAGCAGAAGGCUCUUGGUUAGGAAGUUUUCUCAUUAAUAUCCUCUUGGUUUUUCUAUGUGAAAUGGCUAUUGAUAUUAUCAAGCAUUCGUUCAUUGCUAAAUUUAAUAACAUUAAGCCCAUUGCAUUCUCUGAGUUCCUUGAAGCCUUGUGUAAGCAGACACUAAAUAUAGAAACUGAGGAUGCAAAGAAAAACCUAACUUUUGUCCCUAUUGCUCCAGCAUGUGUGGUCAUUCGAGUUCUGACUCCAGUAUAUGCUGCUAACCUUCCUUACAACCCCUUUCCUUGGAGGCUUUUCUGGAUUAUGCUGUUUUCAGCAAUGACAUAUAUUAUGCUCACAAGCCUCAAGGUUCUAAUUGGCAUGAUUCUUCAGAAACAUGCCACUUGGUACAUUAAUCGCUGCGAAAGGAGGAAACUUCAUGCAGAUUAAUUUACAUGAGCUACUGAGUUACUGUAGACUGCUGCUCAAGCAUUCCUUUGUGUUGUGCCUCAAGAGUGAAGACCACAUGCUGAGAUGGAUCUGUUCAGGUGAAGUAUUAACUCUGGGAUCAUCACAAGGACCUGCCACAUACAAGACAGGUUCAACCAGUUUUUAAGGUUUAACUUGGAGUCUCAGAGUGAUUUCCCCUUUGAAAAUUUGUUUGUAAGAAAGAGCUUAUUGAUGGCUUCCAUGCAAGUUGCCUGAAUUGUGUUUCUCUAGUAAAUAGUAUCUAUUAUAUAUCUCUAAUUUUAUAACUAAAAUGUGCUACAUGUCACUUUCUCAUUG